AUGGACCCGAACCUGGAGACCUUCCAGAGACGAAAAGCUCCCAUCGAAUCGUCCAACGGAGGUCACCAAAUUCCUCGCCCAGCUCCCACCAAGUUCUUUCUCCCUCUGAACAUCGCCUUUUAUGUCUGCUUCGCUUCACACCUCUUAGCAGCGCUGUAUGCCCCAAUACAGGACUGCGAUGAGACCUUCAACUAUUGGGAACCACUGCAUUACCUGAAUCAUGGUUACGGCCUCCAGACAUGGGAGUAUUCUCCAGAAUUCAGCAUCCGGAGUUGGACAUAUAUUGGCCUACACGCUCUCGCCGCAAAGGUCGCCGGCUUAUUUGGCGGGUCCAAGACGUUCGAAUUCUAUGCCCUCCGCGUCAUGCUAGCAUUUAUGUGCGCGGCAACCGAAGUCCGUCUUUACUCGGCCAUAAGUCGAUCCAUCAAUCCAAGGGUCGGCGUGAUAUACCUCAUGAUUGUUGCCUUUACCCCCGGGUUUUUCUACGCCUCGUCUGCAUUUCUGCCAUCUAGCUUUGCCAUGUACACAUCCGCCUUAGGCCUGACCUCUUUUAUGGAUUGGCAUGGAGGAUCUAAAACUGCCGCGGGCAUCAUGUGGUUUGGAAUCGGUGCUCUGCUCGGAUGGCCUUUCUCGGGAGCCCUAAUUGUUCCAUUCAUCGUUGAAGAAUGGCUCAUGGCGGUGGUAGGACAAACAGAUCUUUUCGAGACCUUCAGACGGUACCUGGAUGGCGGAGUACGGUGCUUGGUAGUUCUGGCCCUUCAGAUCAGCGUCGACGGCUUCUUCUACCACAAGAUCGCGGUGGUGCCUUGGCGUAUCGUUGCCUACAAUGUCUUCGGCGGCAAGGAUCGUGGUCCCGACAUAUUUGGGACGGAACCAUGGGACUACUACCUAAGGAAUCUGCUGCUCAACUUCAAUUUGUGGUUUCUCCUUGCGGGGAUUUCAGGACCACUCGUCCUGUUCCAGUCCAUCAUCCUGCACCAGUAUCCCACCAAACAGACACUUCUCAGGACGCUUACCUUCCUCUCUCCAUUCUAUCUGUGGCUGGUCAUUUUCACCAUUCAACCCCACAAGGAGGAAAGAUUCAUGUUCCCUGCUUACCCUUUCCUCGCAUUGAAUGCCGCAAUAGCCUUCCACUCCCUGUUGGCAUGGGUCGGGGCGACGGAUUCGGUCAUCUUUGGGAAAAUCCCGACAAAGCUGAAACUGGCCGCCAUACUACCGAUUGUGCUCCUAGCCAUCAACACUGGACUGCUGCGUAUCGUGGGUACACUGACCGCGUAUAGGGCUCCAUUGCAAAUAUACGACAGUCUCAAAGCGUCAAAUCUGACGCAGGCAGACAAUACAGUCUGCUUCGGCAAGGAUUGGUAUCGCUUCCCAUCUUCGCACUUUCUCCCCAACGGUAUCCAUGCGAAAUUCAUCAAAAGCGAAUUCGACGGUCUCUUGCCUGGAGAGUUUCACGAGGGCAAGUCUGGGUUCGGUUUCUUUCCAGGAACCUGGUUGAUACCGGCUGGGAUGAACGACCGAAACGAAGAAGAUCCUGCAAAGUAUAUCGAUGCUCAACACUGCACGUUCUUGGUCGACUCAUAUAUGCCGGGCAUGGAGGCUACCGAGCACGAACCACUCUAUAUUCUGGACGCGGAUAAUUGGGAAAAGAUUGCCUGCGCACCAUUUUUGGAUGCUUCGCGAACUGGGACUCUUGCGAGGACGAUCUGGAUCCCCGAACUACCGUUCAUUCCUCCCAAAUAUCGACGACGCUGGGGUGAACACUGCCUGCUGCGCCGGAGAGAGGUUUGA